AGUAAACCUUAGUAUUGUGUGGGGAGUGUGAAAGCCACGCUUGCACCUAAUAGUUUAUGACCCUCUGUUUUCUCUUAUCUUCUUAUAUCUUCUUCUUCUUCUUCUUUCUUCCUUAGCAGCUAGUUAACUAACAUACAAAUCACAAUCACAAUGGCCCUGCAACUGCAGGCAACCAUGUCAACUACAAAAACCGUACCACGAUUAUCUCUUCUAGCUCCGACCGGCAAUAAUGCCGGGCUCCGAGCACCCUCCGAUGGUUUUGCUUUGAAGUCUUCCUUCUUCUCUCCUUGUGCUAACCUGUUAAUGGUGUCUACUCACCAUCAACAGGCCUCUAUUGCUUCUGCAGCUCCCAGGUUCUCUAUGCGUGUGGCUUCCAAGAAGCAGGCCUAUAUCUGCCGUGAUUGCGGGUAUAUAUAUAAUGAGAGAACACCCUUUGAGAAACAACCUGAUAACUAUUUCUGCCCGGUUUGUGGAGCUCCAAAAAGGAGGUUCAGGCCAUAUGCACCUGCUGUGACCAAAAAUGCUAAUCAAACAGAUGUGAGGAAGGCACGAAAAGCAGAGAUUCAGAAAGAUGAAGCAAUUGGGAAAGCAUUGCCUAUUGCAGUUGUGGUUGGAAUUGCUGCACUUGCUGGGUUAUACUUCUACCUCAACAAUACAUAUUAAAUUGAAAUUUGUAGAAACUCCUUUUUCCACUUUUGGAGUGGAUGAACCAAAAUUUUCUUCUAAUUUCAAUUUGUGUAGGACAAAGAUCAAUUAUAUUUACUCCAAUUUUUUGUUUUCGUCUAAAAA